UCGAAUGACAUGUGACGGAGCUGCGGGUAACUGCUGAACAAAGAGACGCACGUACAAGAAGGAGAGAGAGUUUAACCUAGGGUAAUUUGGGCUUUUUACCACUUCAACUCACCUUCUCCAUUUGUUUUCCGAGAGAUAGUGAAAACCGCAGAUCUCAUCAUUACAGAAGAACGUCUUUCAGAGCCAUGGCUAGCACGAGUUCUGCUGUUCCUCAAGUUGAGGAAUUGGGAACCGAUUCCUAUGCAUGUGCUUCUUUUGUCAGGGGGACCACACUUAGUAUCCUCGAACCCAUCCAGGCACUAGAAUGGCCCAUGAGCAUCACUUACAUGGGAGAGGAAGCUCGGCUUUGCCAAUAUGAGGAUGAUAAUGGUGAACCCAUAGUUCAAGGGGAUGGUGUCCCCUUUUAUGAUGCACUCCAUAGGAACAUUGAUUCCAGUGAGAAUCUUCCUAUACUGGGGAAGAGCAUGUUUGAGAAGCCUGGUCUUCAUUGGGCCCCUGAUGGACUCCGUUUUGAGGGGGAGCAUCAGGUACAGCACUUGGACUUUUGACAUCCUUA